AAACCCGUUUAGCCCAGUAUGAUAUGGCAGUAUGAUUUAAGUCCUUAAAUUGCCUAAAAGCUGCAUGCAUCCUGGUACUAUGAGGAAACAACAACAAACAACACACAACACUGGUGCUCACUGUAUACUUAAAGGUCAUGAAUAGGAGGAAUAUUGACAAAAAAAUAAUUACACUGAGAGUUCAUUAAAAUUCUUUGGGGGGGGUUGUUACAGAAUAAAUGCGUGGAUCUUGCAUGAAGAUUUAUUUAUUUAGUCAUCUGUGGCCAAUCUGAAACAUUCUCUGUUUCCUCCAUUCAGUGAAUGUUUUGACAUUUGUGUGAAUAUAAUCUUUUUUGCCAGUUCGUAAGACGUGGUUACACCAGAAAACAAAGUGGUUGAUCUUGAUCUCUUAGGCCUGGGUGAGAAAAGAGGAGAAUUUGAGGUUUCACAUGGCUGCAAGUGAAACUGUAAAUAUUGUUAUGUGUUAAUCCUCCCGUGUGCAACCUGAUCUCACCUUUCAGUACAACUUCCUGGGGUGAUCUUUGUGAACCGCUUGCAUUUGAAAAUAUUUAACCACAAACAUUCAGCAUUACAUAUGAGAUGCAAACAGCUGCACAGAGAACAAUAUUUUCCAAUGCCAAAGCAAAAUGGACAUAAAUGAAUGAGUCGUAAAUAGUAGUCUUAAUGUUGUGAUGUUGUGUGCCGUUUUCUUUCUUAGCUCCAACUCAUGGACUCUUAAAUCCACAUAAGCUCAUGAUGCUUCUCUAAAUCCAGCCAAUCUGUUGGGUGUCUGUACUUAACAGUCCUGCUCAACAAAUCUGGGUCAAUAGAUGGUGUAGUGAAGCUACACAGUAACUGUUUGUGCAGACCAAAUUUUUAUUUUUUUCCACAUUGUUUUAAAAUGAUUUUUGAGUAAAAUUGUGUAGCAUCCUCAUGAUGGAGGGGUAAGGUGGACUAGGACAAGAGCUUGUAGAAGUGAAGAGGUUUGAUGAUUUCACUGAGAAAAUGGAGCUCCAGGACCAGUUGAAGAGUGACUGGCACCAAUAUUUCUGCAAUCAGCCACCAGUGGAGUUUAAUUCAAAUGAAAACCGUCAUCCUCUCUGCAGUGAACUGAGAAGCAGCUUUGUGAGAAUGGAGGGCAGCUCAGAUCCAUACAGCAGCAUCUGGACAGACGCUGAGCAAGUAAGAGUCAAGAACUGUAACAAUCGGUCAUUUGCCAUGGAUGCUAGAAUAAGGCUAGAUAGUUUGAAGUCAGGGUAUAAUACAGCCUUGCCUUGCCGUGCUAUGGAUGGGCUUUUGCACAGCUACAACGACCCCUGGGACAGUGAUGAAUCGCAGGAAGAAGAGUCUGCUUUGGACCUGGUAGAGCUCCUUGAUGUAGAGGACAAUGUACAGGAUGAAGAGAACUGGUUAUAUGAGUCUCCAAAGAAGCAAGUGUUUAUGGGGAGAAGUGAGUCUGCUCUCAGAUGGUGUCGCCAUGUCCUGGAUAACCCCAGUCCUGAGAUAGAGGCAGCAUGUCGCUCCCUGAUAAACAGACUGGAGCAAAGCUCAAGCAGUCACUUCUACAGACAAGCAGUUUUCCAUCAUACUGUGAAUGUGUCUGUGGGCUCCUCUAUGGACAAAAUAUCUGUCAGUACAACACAAAAUACCUCUGACAGUAAAGAUAACACUGAGCUGAGCAUUUCCCGAGACAUAACCACAAGCUACAGACUGCAGGACAUCACAGAUGUCCACAUUAUGGCUCGUUUACAGGAAGCCAGUUUAAGACAGGACUACGUUUCCACACCUGCCACUGCUUCAUCUAGGAGAAGUACUGAGUCACCAGUGACGUUUACAUCUUAUUUUAACACCUAUGUCGAAAAUACUGAUGACAUCGCUCCAGGAAGUAAAACUGAGCCUUCGUCUUCCUCUUGGCAGCCCGGUUUAUCGUCACAGAGCUCUUCCUUUUGCCAGUCACCACCAUCAGUAGCUAAGCAGGGCUGCCAAAGUCCAAAACUGUCCAGACUUCAUCAGCAAGUCACACAGUUUAAGCUGCUUAAACUCGCUCAGAAUCAAGCAACAUCAUCGGGGAGGACCAGGUCACCUCUGCGGACAAGCCUCCGCUCCCUCCAGGCUGUUAGGAACAGCCGAAGCUUAGAGACCGACGACCACCAACUUGCUGACUCACAGAUCAGUCACCCCUUAUCAGGUGCACCGUCUGUCAGAAGGGGGUCCAGCUGCUGGUCUCCAUCACUUUCCGCAGCAUCCAUGAACUCCAGUGGCACAUUGCACUCAGUGAGAGACUCCCUGGACCGGGUGGCCAUUGUGAAGAGACUGCAGAGGUCUCAGUCUGUGAGCCCCUGCAGGAUCCCUCACCCUGCUAAAGGACACCUGUCUGUUAAUGGACGUGUUUUUGCCUCACCUGAGAGGUCAGCCACUGUAGCUUGGGCCAGAAAUGCGCCAUCCACCCAAAGGUGAAAGGUGAAUUCCUGACAGUAAUAUGAAGAAAUUUAACAUAAAGUAAAUAAAGAAAUUUAUGUCAUAUCAUAUUAACUUACUUGUAUAGUUGCCUGCAU